UCUCGUGGCUCCGAAAGGGGAAAAAAUAGUAGGCAAUCAGAAAUCCAGAGUUGAAGUUGGGGACUCUUUUGGCCAAAAAUAAUAAAGGGGGCACCGCCGUUAACGCACACGCAACCGAAGCCAUAAAGGGGCUAAACAUAUAAAUUUGUGUAGUAAAAGUGAAGAAAGCGAAAGAAUCAAAGUGGAAUAAUAGCGAGUGUUUUUCGGUUUGCUAGUGUGUGUGUCAGUGUGUGAUUCCUAGUGUGUCUGUUGCUGUUGCUGUUGCCAAUGAAAAUGCAAAUUGUUGGUAACAAAUAUUGGUAAAAUGCGGAGGCCGUAGGAAUUUGUGCAAUGCGAGUGCGAAGUGAAGGAGCCCGAAACUAUGCAGCUAAAAACAUCAUGCCAUCAUACCCCGCAUCGAAUCAAUAAUAAUACAAUAACCCAAACGUAUUACACGGAUAAUGGCAGCAUAAACCAGUUAACAUCCGACAGUGUUUCCGCAUAACCAUCUCCGCACCCAGCCCUUCGAGAAAUCCCCAUGAUCAGCGGAGGAUUGUGGAGCAGUAACUAGCGCGGGAUACCAGGAUGUCGCAGCCGCGCGGAGGGCGUGGCGGUGGGCGUGGCGGCGGAGUGGGCCGCAAAACCCCCUCCUCGCUGACCGGUGCGCCGGAUGAGUCGGCCACGCCCAGCGAACGGGCUACGCCCGCCAGCAAAGCGGACUCCGAUCCCAAGGACGACAGCUCGAGCAAUGGCGACAAGAAGGACAUGGAUCUGUUUCCGGCCCCCAAGCCGCCGAGUGCCGGCGCCUCCAUUCGGGAUACGGCGAACAAGGUCCUCGGAUUGGCCAUGAAAAGCGAGUGGACGCCCAUCGAGGCGGAGCUCAAGAAGCUGGAGAAGUAUGUGGCCAAUGUGGGCGAGGAUGGCAAUCACAUACCGCUGGCCGGCGUUCACGACAUGAAUACCGGCAUGACGCCGCUGAUGUACGCAACCAAGGACAAUAAGACGGCCAUAAUGGAUCGCAUGAUUGAGCUGGGCGCCGAUGUGGGAGCCCGCAAUAAUGAUAAUUAUAAUGUGCUACACAUUGCCGCAAUGUAUUCGCGUGAGGAUGUCGUCAAAUUGUUGCUAACAAAACGCGGCGUGGAUCCCUUCUCCACCGGUGGCUCGCGUUCCCAGACGGCGGUGCAUCUGGUGUCCAGUCGACAAACUGGAACUGCAACUAAUAUCCUGCGCGCUCUGCUCGCAGCUGCUGGCAAGGAUAUCCGCUUGAAGGCGGACGGCCGUGGCAAAAUACCAUUGCUCCUGGCCGUGGAGUCGGGCAAUCAGUCCAUGUGCAGGGAGCUCCUGGCUGCCCAAACAGCGGAGCAACUCAAGGCAACGACGGCUAAUGGAGACACGGCCUUGCAUUUGGCCGCCAGACGGCGGGACGUGGACAUGGUCCGCAUCCUGGUCGAUUACGGAACGAAUGUGGACACGCAGAAUGGGGAGGGCCAGACGCCACUCCACAUCGCGGCGGCCGAAGGCGAUGAGGCACUACUCAAGUACUUCUAUGGCGUGCGCGCCUCAGCGUCCAUUGCGGACAAUCAAGAUCGCACUCCGAUGCACUUGGCCGCCGAGAAUGGGCACGCGCACGUCAUCGAGAUACUGGCCGACAAGUUCAAGGCGAGCAUCUUCGAGCGCACCAAGGAUGGCAGCACGCUGAUGCACAUUGCGUCACUCAACGGUCAUGCUGAGUGCGCCACGAUGCUCUUCAAGAAGGGCGUCUACCUCCACAUGCCCAACAAGGAUGGAGCCCGGAGUAUUCACACCGCCGCCGCCUAUGGUCACACGGGGAUCAUCAACACGCUGCUGCAGAAGGGCGAAAAAGUGGAUGUGACCACCAAUGAUAACUACACCGCUCUGCACAUAGCCGUGGAGUCGGCCAAGCCCGCCGUUGUGGAAACCCUUUUGGGAUUCGGAGCAGAUGUCCAUGUGCGUGGAGGAAAGCUACGUGAGACUCCCCUGCACAUUGCGGCGCGAGUGAAGGAUGGCGAUAGGUGUGCCCUCAUGCUGCUAAAGUCGGGAGCCAGUCCAAAUUUGACCACGGACGACUGUCUGACCCCCGUUCACGUGGCGGCCCGUCAUGGCAAUUUGGCCACGUUGAUGCAACUGCUCGAGGACGAAGGCGAUCCGCUGUACAAAUCUAAUACUGGAGAGACACCCCUGCACAUGGCCUGUCGAGCCUGCCAUCCGGAUAUCGUGCGCCAUCUAAUCGAGACGGUGAAGGAGAAACACGGUCCGGAUAAGGCCACCACCUAUAUAAACUCGGUCAACGAGGACGGCGCCACGGCGUUGCAUUACACCUGCCAAAUCACCAAGGAGGAGGUUAAGAUUCCCGAAUCCGACAAGCAGAUCGUUCGCAUGCUCCUCGAGAAUGGUGCGGAUGUCACGUUGCAAACGAAAACUGCCUUGGAGACCGCCUUCCACUAUUGCGCCGUGGCUGGCAACAAUGAUGUGCUGAUGGAGAUGAUCUCACACAUGAAUCCCACAGACAUCCAGAAGGCCAUGAACCGGCAAUCGUCGGUGGGCUGGACUCCGCUGUUGAUUGCCUGCCAUCGAGGGCACAUGGAGCUGGUCAAUAAUCUCCUGGCGAAUCACGCUCGAGUGGAUGUCUUCGAUACGGAGGGAAGGUCUGCCUUGCAUUUGGCUGCUGAGCGAGGUUACCUGCAUGUGUGUGAUGCCCUGCUGACCAACAAGGCUUUCAUUAACUCCAAGUCGCGCGUGGGACGCACCGCACUCCAUCUGGCAGCCAUGAAUGGGUUUACGCACCUGGUGAAAUUCCUGAUCAAGGAUCACAAUGCGGUUAUCGAUAUUCUAACGUUGCGAAAGCAAACGCCGCUCCAUUUGGCGGCAGCCAGCGGGCAGAUGGAAGUCUGUCAGCUGCUCCUCGAGCUGGGCGCCAAUAUCGAUGCGACGGACGAUCUGGGCCAGAAGCCCAUCCAUGUCGCCGCCCAGAACAACUACUCUGAAGUGGCCAAACUCUUCCUGCAGCAGCAUCCGUCCCUAGUGAAUGCCACCAGCAAGGAUGGCAACACCUGUGCCCACAUUGCCGCCAUGCAGGGAUCCGUCAAGGUGAUCGAGGAGCUGAUGAAGUUCGAUCGAUCGGGUGUGAUUUCGGCGCGGAACAAACUCACGGAUGCCACGCCCCUUCAGCUGGCCGCCGAGGGCGGACAUGCGGAUGUGGUGAAGGCUCUGGUGCGAGCUGGUGCCUCCUGCACGGAGGAGAACAAGGCGGGAUUCACCGCCGUCCAUUUGGCGGCACAGAAUGGCCAUGGACAGGUCUUGGAUGUGCUGAAGAGCACCAACUCCCUGAGGAUCAAUAGCAAAAAGUUGGGUCUGACGCCGCUACACGUGGCUGCCUACUACGGACAGGCGGAUACCGUGCGGGAAUUGCUGACCAGUGUUCCCGCCACCGUCAAGUCGGAAACUCCAACGGGACAAAGUUUGUUUGGGGAUCUGGGCACGGAGUCGGGUAUGACGCCACUGCACUUGGCGGCCUUCUCCGGCAACGAGAACGUGGUGCGAUUGCUUCUCAACUCUGCGGGUGUCCAAGUGGAUGCGGCGACCAUCGAGAACGGCUAUAAUCCACUCCAUUUGGCUUGCUUCGGUGGUCACAUGUCAGUGGUCGGUUUGCUCCUAAGUCGGUCGGCGGAACUCCUCCAAUCGCAGGAUCGUAACGGCAGGACGGGCCUGCAUAUCGCCGCCAUGCAUGGCCACAUCCAGAUGGUGGAGAUUCUGCUCGGCCAGGGCGCGGAGAUCAACGCAACCGAUCGGAACGGUUGGACGCCACUGCAUUGUGCUGCCAAAGCUGGCCACUUGGAGGUGGUGAAGUUGCUGUGCGAGGCGGGUGCCUCCCCAAAAUCGGAGACCAACUACGGUUGCGCCGCCAUUUGGUUCGCCGCCUCCGAGGGACACAACGAGGUACUGCGGUAUCUGAUGAACAAGGAGCACGACACCUACGGCCUGAUGGAGGACAAGCGAUUCGUGUACAACCUGAUGGUGGUAUCCAAGAAUCACAACAACAAGCCCAUCCAGGAGUUUGUCCUGGUAUCACCGGCGCCCGUGGAUACGGCUGCCAAGCUGUCCAACAUCUACAUAGUACUCUCCACGAAGGAAAAAGAGCGCGCCAAGGAUCUGGUAGCAGCUGGCAAACAGUGCGAGGCCAUGGCCACGGAGCUCUUGGCCCUGGCAGCUGGCUCAGAUUCCGCCGGAAAGAUCCUUCAAGCCACCGAUAAGCGGAACGUGGAGUUUCUCGACGUCCUCAUCGAAAACGAGCAGAAGGAAGUGAUUGCCCACACGGUGGUGCAGCGAUACUUGCAAGAACUCUGGCACGGCUCACUGACGUGGGCCUCCUGGAAGAUCCUGCUGCUGCUCGUGGCCUUCAUAGUCUGCCCACCGGUGUGGAUUGGAUUUACCUUCCCGAUGGGUCACAAGUUCAACAAGGUGCCCAUCAUCAAGUUCAUGUCGUACCUAACCUCUCACAUUUACCUCAUGAUCCACCUGAGCAUCGUGGGCAUAACGCCCAUUUACCCGGUGCUCCGAUUGAGUUUGGUGCCCUACUGGUACGAGGUGGGUCUUCUGAUCUGGCUGAGUGGACUGCUGCUCUUCGAGCUGACCAAUCCGUCGGAUAAGUCGGGACUGGGAUCGAUAAAGGUGCUGGUGCUGCUGCUCGGCAUGGCCGGAGUGGGUGUCCAUGUGUCGGCAUUUCUAUUCGUCUCCAAGGAGUACUGGCCAACUUUGGUAUAUUGCCGAAAUCAGUGCUUCGCGUUGGCCUUCCUGCUGGCCUGCGUGCAGAUUCUGGACUUCUUGUCCUUCCACCACCUCUUCGGACCCUGGGCCAUCAUCAUUGGGGAUCUGCUAAAGGAUCUCGCGCGGUUUUUGGCCGUCCUGGCCAUCUUUGUGUUUGGCUUUUCCAUGCACAUUGUGGCUCUGAAUCAGAGCUUUGCCAACUUUUCGCCCGAGGAUCUGCGCAGCUUCGAGAAGAAGAACCGAAAUAGAGGCUACUUCAGUGACGAUGACAUGCCCACCCCUCGUCCUCCGCCGGUGGAGAAUUAUGUCGAUAGUCGCUUCAGCGAAUUCCGACGCAAGCACAAGGACGACCGACCCAUGACGCCCUUUCUGGCUUUCGAGCGACUCUUCUUCGCGGUCUUCGGACAGACGACCACCCUGGACAUCAAUCCCAUGCGACACUUGCGUCCCGAGUGGACCGAGGUGCUCUUCAAAUUUGUGUUUGGCAUCUACUUGUUGGUGUCUGUGGUUGUACUCAUUAACCUGCUAAUUGCCAUGAUGUCGGAUACUUAUCAGCGCAUUCAGGCCCAAUCCGACAUCGAGUGGAAAUUUGGCUUGUCCAAGCUUAUACGCAAUAUGCAUCGCACCACAACAGCGCCAUCGCCGCUUAAUUUAGUUACCACCUGGUUUAUGUGGAUCGUCGAGAAGGUCAAGACUCGGUGGCCCUGUCGCAGGUCCAUCUAUCGCCCCUGGGAUCACAGGCCAGCUUCUCGCAGGCCAAUCAGAAUCGCAUCGAGAACGUGGCCGACUGGGAGGCGAUUGCCAAAAAGUACCGGGCACUGGUGGGCGACGAGGAGGGCGGAUCCCUCAAGGACUCGGAUGCGGAAAGUGGAUCGCAGGAGGGCAGCGGAGCACCCCAGCCACCGGCACAGGUGGGCAGACGAGCCAUCAAGGCCACGCUGGCAAACACUACAGAAUAGACACACAGAAACGACACAGAAAUACCCGAAAACCCAGAAAAACAGCUUCGGAUGGUUAAUUAACUACGUUUUGAUUGCAGGUCUAAGCUUCACCUAUCUCUUCAAACUAUCCUUCCUGACUAUCCCUAUCUCUUCUCGACUAUCCAAGCGUCUGUCCUUCUGUAACUCUAAGAUCUAAUCCUAAGAACCCCUAUGCCUAAGCUGCACCUUGGGUAUGGUUUUUCCACAGACUCUGGUUUACUUAAAAUUACUUUCUUUUUGGUACAACUGGAGGUAUGGGAAAACCAAACCGAAUUCCUUAAGUUAAGCCUUCACUUCCUAAACUAAUUUUAGCUAGAAUAUUGAAAUUGUUUUGUGUAACCUUUGAUGCGCCAGCUGGUUGUUUAUUUUGAUAUGAUUUUCUGUCGGAGAUUUCUACGAUAAGCGAAACAACAAAAAGAGUUUUCCAUGUUCGAGUAUUUUGAAGUAAGUAAGUUAAUUCGUCCUUUUUGGACCCACUUUGCCUUACAAUUUUUAAAACCAACUCCUAGCAUUUUGUAUUAAGCUAAUGAUUGCGACAUUGAUCGAUCGACCAUAUCGUUAAUAAUGAUUGUCUUAGAUGUUAAGUAAAUCUAUCUGUAGCUUCUUGCGAAGCUGAUGGCAACUGGUUUUAUAUAAAUAUCGCAUAAUCUCAUUGUUUUCCGGUAAUUGUCAAGUAGCUACAUCCACUCUACUUACUAAGCUUUGAUUCAUUUUUAUAACAAAUGAGCGCCUAAAAAUUGUUAAU